AUGGCACCGCUGCACGUCGCUACGACGGGCCACCGACUGAGCUUGGUCACGGCGGUCAUGUGCGGUCUCGUGCCGCUGACCUGGCGAAACCGCGUUCACGUGUUUGAUCUCAAGCUGUGGCUUCUUAUUCAGUCAAAUGACGAAGCGCUGGAUGCUACUAGCUACAUUGGCAUCACUCUCUGGAGUAACGCUGCCUACCUGAGCGUCCUGGAGACAGCGCUGGCCAACGACUAUGGCUGGGCCGGCUUCAACGCUACUGGCAUGCACGCCUUCCUUGCCAAUACGUUCAACCGCCAGCUCCUCACGUCCACUGACGCUUCGAUUGCACUGCACGACCCAGCGUUCGGGGACCCACUGCAGUCAUACAACUCGUCCGCCACCACCGUCGCGUGGUAUCCCACGGUGGCGCGCCGGUACCUCUUCAAUGCGUCGGCGCCGUUGCAAGAGCUAGUGGCUGGUCUCCGGGCCAUGCAUCCGUGUCAAAUGCCGUGGAUGUUUACGCAGUACUGCUGGCUCGACCUAGAUCGGACGUGGGAGAUGGCCAGCACGAGCCAGCGACAGGCUCGGUGCGCAGCUCUCAGCCAGCUCAAUGGCGCCCGGUACCUCGAGACGAGUCUGCGCAAUCUACAAGACUGGACGGUGUGGCGAUCGUGCUGGGGCACCUCGUUCGAUAUUGGUAUGGGCAACGACUUGGCCGCGUCUGUCGAGGGUCGUCAGUGGCUGCAGCAUGUCCAGUCAAAUACUCUGUCCGUACCAGAAGAAGUCGAGUACUGGGCGAGCCAUGACAUCUCGGUAUUCUUGUUGCAGUGGCAAAACUUCAAAGACACGGGUCUCAGUGAUUCGAUGGUCAUCUCGACGCCGUUCGGUCUCUCGUACAGUCUGCCGAUCAGUGAGCGCCGAGGCAUCGUGCACCUCGACUACCAGACGUCGCAUCGUAUGUACUGGGGACUCGCGAGCGACCUCUGGGCCGUGAGCAAUAAUGCGACCAGCGUCGGUGGCUUGUCGCUCUUGCGCAACAGUCCCCACUUUGCCUUUGCGAAUGCGACACGCGCGAGUUUGCUCUUUGAAAAUCUGACGCUCUCGUCGCCGCUGAACGCUGGUUUGGCACUCUAUGACACAUGUUUGGGACCAUUUGGCGCUGUCGACAUGGUGUACGUAAGCUGUCCAGCGUCGCUGCUUGCGUUCUACCGCUACGUUCUGCACACGAUCGCGACUGCAACUAGCACCAACCUUGAAGCGCAGAAGCAAUUUCUCAAUCUGCCGGCCAAGACAUACAUUGGUCAGCUGCCGCAGGCUCUGCUCAAUGACACAAGCGUGCGCCUCGUGGGGGGUAACCUCAUGUGCGGCAGCGACCUUCCGGGAACCCCACCAUCAGGCGCACUGCUGACGCUCUUUGGUAUCGAUACGGUGUGUGGCUGGGGGUACCUGGACUUCUUUACCCCAUCUAGGACCGGUCUUAUCUUUGCCCUCGCGGCCUUUGACGCAGUACAUCAACUUCAGCCAACGUUCGACUUCGCCGCUUUUUGUGCAAGUGAUGUGUACGCCGAGCCCAACUGCGAGGCCAUCUACCACGCGUCCUAUUCAUACGCAAGAACAUUCUUGUCGGAUUCAACAACGCUCAAAGCAUUGGCAGUUGCAGCCGAGACUGACACCCGAUCUCUCUCGAUCGAGACGACCCAGUACAUCAACCGCAGAGGCGUCAUCGAGCUAUACCGAAUCAAUAUUCUGGAGCCAACCGACCGCCCCUGGACGUGCUUUGGCUGGAACUAUCUCGCCGAGUGGGUUGUCGGUCAGCGCGAAGUUGUCUCGUUUCAAGGCGACGGCGGCACGGUCACGAGCAUGUCCCGCUUCACGCCCCUCUCAACGCUCUUGCCAACCGAAGCGGCGAUCCCGACACGCCUCUCGUACGUCUGUCAGCAGUGUGUCCGGUACGUCACGGGCGCCAUCAUGGUGGGUGCGGGAGUUGCUGCCUACUAUGCUAUCUUUGUUUGCCGCGGCUACAUUGAAGGCAUGAACCUCUUCGCGCUAAACCGACUCAUUGGCCACGCGUGGAUUGGUCGGACGCUGCUCAUCAUCCGAGGUAUCACGGCGCUUUGGCUGCUCAACACACCGCCCUUGCAGCUCCAGGCAUUCGGCGUCGGUGCUCGCUUUCAAGUGUCGGCGCCAGAAUGGUUUCCGACUCUCCUGGCUUCGUCCGAGCUCACAUGGCUGGUCUACAUCGCCAACGACCUCUUCAGCUGUGUCACACGGCAGUACACGCGAUUGUAUGCGUGGAAGAGCUCGGUCGCAGCGUGCUUGGUCGCGGCCGCCUGGUCGUUCAUGGACCCCCGAGAGUACACUGCCUACGUGCGCCGAAGCUGCCGGUACAUUGACAUGGACGUAGCUCUGGAGUGUACGAGCGGCUACGUUGAGCUCGGUCAUGGAAGCCGCGUCGGCGUUGACGUCGGUCUCUGUCUCGGCUGUGUCUUUUUGGCGGCUUGUGUCGAGCGACUGCGAUACCCCAAGCUCCCGUUCGUGCCAACGCCAUCGCUUCUUCUAAACACCACUAGUGUCUACUCGUCCAACAUGACCAACUGGAUCGUCCAUGGCCACGCGUACAUGGACCGCAUGACUGCCGUCAUGGGCGGCCUUGUGACGUGGCGCUACCACGGUGUUUUGCACGUGUUUGAUAUCAAGAGCUGGCGCACAUUUGUCGUCGUGCCCGAGGCCGAGUGUCCGUUUGAGUUCGGCGCCGUCCUGCCUCUUCAUCGUACUUGCUAGCUGCCUUGUAUACUCAUACUUCAGUGCCAUUUGAAAAGUGGGGUUUUGACCUGCGUCCAGACACGAUAUCGCCUCUGCGAUCGCGUCGAUCGACAAAAAUGCGAGUAAAGGAGACUCAGA